ACAAAAUAGUACUAAGUCGUUUCUUUUUCCUUGAGCGGCUGCUUUUGAUUUUUACUUCAAUUUCUAUAGUCUCUCUUGGGUCUGAUCACUUUAACCAUGUCUUUCAGAAUCAGAGGAGGGGCAAAUGCAUCCUCUGGCAUGGGGGUUGCUGAACAAAGCAAAGCUACUUAUAUGGAACUGCAAAGGAAGAAGGUGCAUCGAUAUGUGAUAUUUAAGAUUGAUGAGAAGAAAAAUGAGGUUGUGGUUGAGAAAACUGGAGGUCCAGCUGAGAGCUAUAAUGAUUUCACUGAAGCUCUUCCUGAGAAUGACUGCCGAUAUGCAGUAUAUGAUUACGACUUCGUGACAUCUGAUAACUGCCAAAAGAGCAAGAUUUUCUUCUUUGCCUGGUCUCCUUCUGUUUCCCGCAUCCGAUCAAAGAUGCUGUACGCCACAUCUAAGGACAGGUUCAGGAGGGAGCUGGAAGGCAUACACUAUGAGAUUCAGGCUACUGACCCUACUGAAGUAGAGCUUGAAGUGCUCAAAGAACGCGCGUACUGAUUGAAACUUCCUAACAUGAAACAGCCAUUCAUAAUAUUUCUGUCUAAUUGCAUGUUUAAAGGCUCUAUGACUUAAAUAACUCGGCAUUGGGUUGCUGAUUACCGGACUCAUGAUAAUGAUGCCAUGUUUUCUGGUUAUGGGUUCGCUCAUUCUCAUGAUGCUUCCCUGCCGAUAAUUGGAUAUGAUUAUGUAUGUGGAUAAUUGGAGUAUCGACUAUAGUAUGUCUAAGCAAUGAAUGUUAUGCGUUACUCUA